CAGUCUCCAGUUCUGGUAAAACAUCCUGCAGUCGGACUCUCUAUCAGCUUUCAUUAAUAUAUAUCUAUCAUAUAUUAGAAUAUAACCCGUUUCUCUCGGGAGAAGAAGAGACGAGAGGAGCUUUAGAACAAUUCCACCUCUUCACCCGGGUCCUUAUUUGCUGUUAGCUGCUUCAUGCUAGGUGGCUAAUGCUAGUCGGUGUACAUCAACAAACCGUAGAACAACGAGGAGCAGAAACACCGGAGACACAGCAGGAGAAGGAGCACUGAGAGCAACAUGGAGGAGAACAAAGACACCCCCAGAACUCUGGAACGGAGAAGAAGAAAGCAAACCGAACCUCACAUCUGUGACCAGUGUAACAAAUCCUUCUCAACAUCUAAUACUUUAAAGAUUCAUCAAUGCAUCAACACUGGAGAGAAACCGUACAGCUGUGACCAAUGUGGCAACACUUUCAAUACUCCAUUUGAACUUCAGUCACAUUAUCGUAUUCACACUGGAGAGAAACCAUACAGCUGUGACCAGUGUGGGAAAACCUUUGCUCUGAAAGGCAACCUUUCAUCUCAUCAGCGAAUUCAUACUGGAGAGAAACCCUACAGCUGUAAACAGUGUGGCAAACAAUUUACUGAGAAAGGUCACCUUCAAACCCACCAGCGAAUCCACACUGGAGAGAAACCGCACAGCUGUGAAGAGUGUGGGAAAACUUUCACUACUUCAAGUAAACUCACAAUCCAUCAUCGUAUUCACACGGGAGAGAAACCAUACUGGUGUGAAGAGUGUGGGUCAACUUUCACUACAUCAAGUAAACUCAAAGUCCAUCAUCGUAUUCACACGGGAGAGAAACCAUACUGUUGUGAAGAAUGUGGGAAAACGUUCACUACAUCAAGUACACUCACAGUCCAUCGUCGUAUUCACACAGGAGAGAAACCAUACUGGUGUGAAGAAUGUGGGAAAGCCUUUUCACAAGGUAGUCAACUUAAAGUCCACGAGCGCACUCACAUUGCGCCGUUUUGAAUAACUUUGAGAGCCAAGCCAGCUGUUACUUCUCCUAAUGUCCUGAUAGCUGUAUUGUUAUACACUCCUGAACAAAUAUCUGAAAACCGGGUGGAGAAUUGACCAGAAUUCCCAUUUCGUACUGGUGGAUCAUAACCAGGUUGUAAGUAGAGCUUCAAACAAGCCCUAGCAUGAUAGGUUUCCUUUAAUUCUUCUACGAGUAACUAUGCUUUUGUCCUUUGUGGGAAUUAUUUAAAAUUCUCUAUUUAGUUUUUCUCAUUUAUUUUGUUUUCUCAUGACUGCGUGAUUUUUGCCGUCUGCUUUAAUAUCUGAAGCUGUGCACAUGUAUCUUGUUUUGAAUUUUUUCAUUAAAUGUUUCAACAUAGAUAUGCUUUGACUCAUAAUUCUUAAUCAAGAAUCAAGGUUUCUUUCCAGCUGUUAUUGAUUUUCAAUAGAAUAAAUAAAGUUAACUCAUCAGUGUUGCAAACUGUUAUACUUUUCAUAUCCUGACACUGUUUGAGUUUAGUUCAAAUAGCGAGUUUAAACUUUUCCAUUUAGAUUUAAUAUAAAAAAUCUACAUUUAUCAAUUUGAAUACAAAAAUGUGGGAGUAGUUUCAUAAAGUCCAUCUUUAAAUCUCCCACAGCCCUCUGCAAGUUUACAAAAGAGAAGGGAUUUAAUUAACUCUUUCAAAAUGAAAUGUAUUUAAAUGUUCCUGUAUGAAACCUCUAUAAAGUCCUAUAUAUGUUGAGACAUUUUAUUAAAAAAACCGUUUUGAUCUUUUACAUUCAUUUCUUAAUAUCGUCUGUAUAUAUUAUACUUGCUAUUCAAUUAUCUGUUAUAUCUGCAGUUGCAAUUUUCGUGAGCAUCGAGUUCAGAAUGUGUGUUGCCCAACAUCGUAUUUGCUUCAUGUGUGUAACUUUCACUGAAUAGUUUUUAUUCCAAAUUUUGGUUCAAUGGAAAUAUUUGAGUUGCUUUUUUGUUACUUUUUUUUGUAUUUACUUCAGGCGAUUUUCUAAAAACUAAGACACGUUAGGUAUGAGAAGUGAUAAAGUACAUUUGUGACGUUCUUGUUUUGUUUGAAUAAACAUUGUUCGUGUGAAACUCUGAUAU